AUGGGUUUCUAUAUGAGCAGUGGAGUUCCAUCGGCUUUCAUGGCAGUUGAGAGGCGUCUUAUGUAUUAUUCACUCAACGUGUCUCGAAAGAUCGCGGUGAGAUCCAAUCAUAGGAUAGAGACGCCACUGUUUAUCCGCGUUCCUUCGGCAUUCAACUACCCAGACUUUGUGCACUGCGAUGUGGAUUCCGGCUCCGGGGGCUGUGCCGCACCGUUCCGGACAGGACCUCAGCGGCGGCCGUCAUGUUCUUCAACUCUCGUGCCGGAAACUGCUAAGAGUGCCGCAUCACACUAUCUACUUGCCCUAGAAAUUGACGAUGCUAAACCAAACAACUCUCGAGUCCGGUCCUGCAAUAGCAGUCAGACAUCUCUCAACUACUUCCUUGAGGGUAUCCAGGUGUCAAACACGACUCUCCAUCGCGACUUCAACCAAUUUCUUAGGCGUCAGAAGGAUGAGGCAGUGCUCCAGCAAGCGGCACGGAACUUUGUAAUCAUUCGAAAACAACGCCGUAUUCCGGGCAUGCACGAUCCAUCCUUGAGGAAGCGACCAAGAUAUCGCGAAAAGAACAACCCGUUUCUGAGUAUUAUUGGGUCACACCUCUACAAAUCUGGAUAUUCUACGCCGUUACUCCACAAAUAUGCUUUCUAG